CACCGCCUGCCCGUCACCAUGGCCCUUCUAUUCUGGCCGGCGCCUUCGGUGCCUUCCGCUCCGGCGUUUGAGCCGGGCGGCUGCGAGCGCCUGGGCGCGAGGAGGGGUGUGAGCGCCCUUUGCAGCUUCCCGGCCGCGCUGGCCGCUUCCCGCGCUCCCCUCCGCGCCAGGAAAGAUGCCCGGGGUGUUGCCGAGUGACAGCACGGCGAGAGGGAGCCCGUCGAAAAAGAACCGGCUUUCCUUGAAGCUCUUCCAAAAGAAGGACACGAAAAGAGCCCUGGAUUUUACGCAGUCGCAGGAAAAUGAACAAAAGAGCGCGGAAUUCAGAGGCUCCGAGAUUGAUCAGGUUGUUCCUGCAGCACAGCCUCCCUCGCUUGUUAGCUGUGAGAAGAAAGACAACAUGUUGCCUUUUGUGGGCUUGAACAACCUGGGUAACACUUGCUACCUUAACAGUGUACUUCAGGUAUUAUAUUUUUGUCCUGGCUUUAAAACUGGAGUAAAACAUUUAUAUAAUAUUAUUUCAAAGAAGAAAGAGUCUUUGAAGGAUGAAGGAGAGCAAAAAGCAGAAAAGGGAAAUUGUAAAGAAGAUCCCCUGGCAAGUUAUGAACUAAUCUGCAGUUUGCAUUCACUGAUCCUUUCAGUUGAACAGCUUCAAGCCAGCUUUCUCUUAAAUCCAGAAAAAUACACAGAUGAACUUGCUACUCAGCCACGAAGGCUGCUGAAUACCCUCAGAGAGCUCAACCCUAUGUACGAAGGCUACUUGCAGCAUGAUGCCCAGGAAGUUCUGCAGUGUAUCCUGGGUAACAUUCAAGAAACGUGUCAGCUACUGAAGAAAGAAGAAUUGAACAAACUGCCCGUGGAAGAGCCUACAGCUAAACCAGAGCAAAACCAUAACUCAAAUACCGAGAGUAAUGGAACUGGCAGCCCUGCUGAGGAGGAGGAGGAGAACACACCAAGUUGCCACGUUGGAGAGACAGCUGAGGACAAGCUACUCAAAGGCAAUGGGAAAAGAAAAAGUGAUGCAGAGGGUGGCAAUGCAAAGAAAAAAUCCAAAGUAUCAAAAGAGCAAAUUGCAGCAGAAGAGAAUCAAAGACAAACCAGGUCAAAGAGGAAGGCGACAGGAGAGAAGUUAGAAAAUCACACCGAUGCCAUUGCCAAGUGUUCCACUGAAAACGAGAGUGCAAAGCCAACACAGAAGAAGUCCCGGCUCAGAUUAAACUGGUUAAAAUCUUCAUGCAAGCAGCCUAGUAUUCUGUCUAAAUUUUACAGUCUAGGAAAACUAACUACAAACUUGGGAUCCAAAGACCCAGGGAAAGAAAAUGAUGACUGUGAGCUGGAAGAGUCAUCUGUAAAGUGUGAAAAUGGCAACAGUAUUAAAGAAGAGUAUCAUGAACCUGCAUCUCCUGUGGAAAGCCAUAAUGAAAAAGGAACUGAAAAAGAACCAAAAAAGGAAGGUACAGAGCUGGCUGUUUUUGAACUAGUGGAGAAGCUAUUCCAGGGCCAGCUGGUUCUGAGAACAAGAUGCCUGGAGUGCGAGUGCUUUACUGAAAGGAGAGAAGAUUUUCAGGACAUCAGUGUUCCAGUGCAAGAAGAUGAGCUUUCUAAAACUGAAGAGAGUUCUGAAAUUUCUCCAGAGCCAAAAACAGAAAUGAAGACUCUUAAAUGGGCAAUUUCACAGUUUGCAUCAGUGGAAAGAAUUGUGGGAGAGGAUAAAUACUUCUGUGAAAACUGCCAUCAUUACACAGAAGCAGAACGCAGCCUUUUAUUCGAUAAAAUGCCUGAAGUUAUAACAAUUCAUUUGAAGUGCUUUGCUGCUAGUGGCUUAGAGUUUGAUUGCUAUGGUGGACUAUCCAAGAUAAACACUCCCUUGCUGACACCCCUCAAACUCUCACUAGAGGAAUGGAGCACAAAGCCAACCAACGACACCUAUGGAUUAUUUGCUGUGGUAAUGCACAGUGGCAUUACAAUUAGCAGUGGACACUACACAGCUUCUGUCAAAAUCACAGAUCUCAAUAGCCUGGAGCUGGAUAAGGGAAAUUUCAUCACUGACCAAAUGUAUGAAAUGAUUAAACCAGAACCACUGAAUGAGGAGGAGGCGAGAACCGUUGCUGAAGACUACGACGACGGCGAAGUCUCCUUUAGAGUCAAUGGAAACGCACAGCCGGGUAAAGUUCUGAACAAAAAGAACAUGGAGGCUGUUGGACUUCUAGGGGGGCAGAAGAGCAAGUCUGACUGUGACCUCUACAAGCCAGCUAACCCAGAGAAGUUCCUCAGUGUAGUUACUGAGAACAGAAAUCCUGAGUCUAGCAGCAGUAACGGAGGUGCAGAGUGCAGCCCAGAGCACGGCGAACAAAAUGGUGUUAAUUCCAGUGGACUAGAGAACAAAGCCCUGUACGUGCUGCAGAGCCUGAAAGAGUAUGAAGGGAAGUGGUUGCUUUUUGAUGACUCUGAAGUGAAGGUGACAGAAGAAAAGGACUUUCUGAAUUCCCUUUCUCCGACAUCGUCAUCUACAUCAACUCCUUACCUACUGUUUUAUAAGAAGAUUGUAGAGUGAUACUGUAUUUUGACUGUAAAUAUCAGGGACUUAUAUACACUGUUUGGUCUGAUUUGCAUCAAAACUACCUGGAGGAAGCAGCUGUUCUGUUUUUGAAGCUACUGGAUCAUAAUGUUUCUGGUCUUUUUUGUUUGGUUUAAGUGGCUCAACUUGAAUUAACAAACCGUGACACAGAACUUACUUACUUAACUCACUUAAUAAUAACUUUGAUGCUGGAGAAUAGUGAUCUUACCUUUUAGAAAUACCAGUUUGUAUAGUUCCUAAAGGAUGCUUACAGGACACGGUAGUGGUUUUAACACAACUCUAGCUCUCAGACAUACCUAUUGUAUUAUUAGCUUUUUCUUUUUUUUAAUAAAAGUUAUUUGUAUUCAUAUCCUGGAGUAAAUGUAUAUUAACUAGCAGAUUUCAUCAGAAGUUGUGUAUUUUUGUAACUUGGGAAGUAAUACUUCAUAUUUAGUCUUUGGGUAAUCGACGUGGUUUCUUCUCCUUAUCCAGUUCUCUACGGCUCGGUGCAACUCAAAGCACAAGAGAAGGGUCUUGUAACCUCGUUUAGUGUCUUGGGAGGAACUGAACUUAAUAGAAAUGUUUGAAUGGUCUAAUUUGCAUCUUGCUGCAUAGGUGUUACAUGGGCAAUGUGUAAAUAGGUGUGAUUAAUACUUCCAAACGGGGAGCGUGUAGUGUAAUUAAAAUAAUUUUGUACUUUUAAAGCCCUCUUAAUAUGCAUAUCUGUUUGAGUGGGUUUGGGCCUUAGUGUGAUCCUCUAACAGUUCAUUUGUACUUGGAGCUCACUGAAAGGUGGGAAAACAGAAGCAUUUGGCUUUGAUGCUUUGUUAAGAAUGUAUAUAUAUGAAAUAAAAACUUUAUGAUAUGCAUCUGA